AAUUCUGCUUCACUGCUGCUGGGGAGUCCGCCAAAGGCCUGACAGGUUCCCCUUUAAAAUUCUCCCUCCCACACCUCACCAUGCUUAUAUAUUUUUUUUUGUAAAAAAAAAUUGCUCCCUUCUUCCGGUCUGAUUGCAGCCUGCUUUAAUGCAGUCCUCUCUGGUCCUCUCUCUCUCUCUUUCUUCUUUUUCUGCGCAACUUUUUUCUCCCCCUCUCAGACUUGCUCUUCCCUGCCAGCAGCUUUCUCUCUCUCUCUCUCUCCUUCCCUGCCUGCCCUUUUUUUUUUUUUGCUUCUUGCUGACUAGGAGGAAUUCUGCACAGGUCGUCAGCAUCCUGCUUAUGAACUGAAGAAAAAGAGAGAGGAGAAGAGGAGGAGGAAGGCUGCAAUCGAGGAAGGCAGAGGCAGUUUUUUCCUCCUGGGCUCCCCCCCACCCUCCCCGCCUCCGGUGCCGCCUCCUUUUGCCAUCUGCAACCCUCUCAACUUCGCCCGGCUCCUGGGAUCUCCUGCUGGCUCAGGGCACCCCCCUCCAAAGCUGAAGGAGAAACGAUGCUCCCUGGGAAGUGCUUGCUUUGGGGUGUCCUCCACAUUGCCACCUUGGUCCUCUCCUGCCAAGUUGUGCUUGCCCAGAAAGGGCGGAAGAAAGUUGUCCACGUGUCAGAGGACGACAGUGGCGCUGUUGUGGUCCAGACAGCACCGGGGAAAGUGGUCACCCACCGUGGGGGCACGAUCAUUCUCCCGUGCCGCUUCCACUACGAUGUGUCGGCUCACGACCCCGACGAGAUCCGCCUGAAGUGGACCAAGAUCGUGGAGCCCAUGUCAUUUGAGGAUGUCUUCGUGGCCAUGGGCCAUGAGCGCAGGGCCUUUGGGAGUUAUCGGGGCCGCACGGCCCUGCAGGAGGACGGCGCUGGGGACGCCUCGCUCAUCAUCCGGAACGUCACCCUUCAGGACUACGGACAAUACGAGUGCGAGGUGACCAAUGAGCUGGAGGAUGACACGGGCAUGGUGAAGCUCGACUUGGAAGGCGUGAUUUUCCCAUACCACCCGCGCCUGGGGCGCUACACCCUGAACUUCCAUGAGGCGCAGAAGGCGUGCCUGGAACAGGAUGGGAUCCUGGCCUCGUACGACCAGUUGCAUGAAGCCUGGCUGGAGGGGAUGGAUUGGUGCAAUGCUGGCUGGUUAGAUGAUGGUUCCGUACAGUACCCCAUCUCCAAACCCCGGGACGAGUGUGGACGAAAGGACACCCCUGUCGGGGUGCGGAACUACGGCUACCGCCACAAAGACGAUGAGCGUUAUGACGCCUUCUGCUUCACCUCCAACCUGAAUGGGAAAGUUUAUUUCCUCAAGACCUAUCGCAAGCUGAGCUUCCCGGAGGCCGUCCAGGCUUGUAAGAAGAACGGAGCCACAGUGGCCAAAGUUGGCCAGCUGUACGCUGCUUGGAAGAUCCAGCUCCUGGAUAAGUGUGAGGCCGGCUGGGUGGGUGACGGGAGCAUCCGUUACCCCAUUGUCAACCCACGGGCCCGCUGCGGGGGCCGAGAGCCAGGGGUCCGUAAUCUCGGUUUCCCCGACAAGAAGUACAAGCUCUUUGGGGUCUAUUGCUACAAGGCGGCUGCCAACGCUGGCUCGAAGAAGAAGGGGAUGGGAACGUGGAAGCCCUUCCAGGUAUAAAGAGAGUGGCUUUCAGAGCUCUGGAUGCGAAUUCCUCCAUCUUCCUUCCUCUCCCAGCCUUGAAGACUGGUGGGAUCUUUCUUGGCCUGCCCUUGGGAUCCAUGCCUUCCCCCAGAAGAACCUGGUGGAACAGUUCAAAUCCCGGAAGAGGUGGAGGUGGCACCCCAGGUUCAAUUUAUUUUGGGGACUUCUGAACUGGCCGGAGCUUCCGGAGCUGCCCGGAAGUCCGGCUUGCACCCGGCCUGCCCCCAAAGCUGCAGCUCCUUGUCCCUUUGCUAACCCGGUUCUUCUGCACCCACGUGGGGAGAUCGGGGGUCUGUCUUGGCUUGCAACAUGCUGUUAUUAAUGCUUCCGGCAGAACUCCGGGGACUCCUCUGGGUACACAAAGGAGGAGGGUCACCGCGUUUGGCCACUGCAAAGCUCUCUGGCGUUAAGGAUCCAGCAGUUGGAAAGGGAUCCGUGCUCUGCCGCAAAGGGACAAAUACUUUUGGUUUUUUGCAUGACUUGCGGCUCAUUUCGGGGACUGCCUAAUGGGUGUCUCCAAAGCAAGCUGAAAAUGAAUAUAUAAAAAAACCCCCUACCCUUUUUCUCCCCACCCCCUAGCCUCAGAGAUUAUUUUGUAGAGACUGUAACUCCGUCCUCUCUUGUUUUUAUUUCCUCUCCAGCAAACUGAACUAGUCAGUUUCAGUCAGCACCAUUCAUCGCCACAUGGCUUGUUCAGGACAAGAUUGUAACCUCCUCAGGGCAGAGCCCUAUAGACUUUUUUUUUGCUCAUGUUCCUCCACAGUGUACUGUGUACAUGGAUGCCAUUGUAUAAAUGUUAAAAGUAC